CUACUUCCGGUGCUGUGAGGGCUCGGGGCUGACGCGGGGUAAUUCCUCUCGUGCAAUUACUUUUGGAUGGAAGUAUGCUCUUUUCCCAGUAGAAGAUGGUAAUCUUGGAGAAUGACCAUGGAGAAGGGGAUGAGUUCUGGAGAAGGGCUGCCUUCCAGAUCAUCUCAGGUUUCGGCUGUUAAAAUAACGGCUAAAGAGUUGGAAACAAAGCAGCCCCAUAAAGAGAAGCGAGGGGGCUUCGUGUUGGUGCAUGCAGGUGCAGGUUAUCAUUCUGAAUCCAAAGCCAAGGAAUAUAAACAUGUAUGCAAACGAGCUUGUCAGAAGGCAAUUGAAAAGCUACAGGCUGGUGCUCUUGCGACAGAUGCAGUGACUGCAGCCUUGGUGGAACUUGAGGAUUCUCCUUUUACAAAUGCAGGAAUGGGAUCUAAUCUAAAUCUCUUGGGUGAAAUUGAGUGUGAUGCCAGCAUAAUGGAUGGAAAAUCCUUGAAUUUUGGAGCUGUUGGAGCACUGAGUGGAAUCAAGAACCCAGUCUCAGUUGCGAACAGACUCUUGUGUGAAGGGCAGAAGGGCAAGCUCUCAGCCGGCCGAAUUCCUCCCUGCUUUUUAGUUGGAGAAGGAGCCUACAGAUGGGCAGUAGAUCACGGAAUACCCUCUUGCCCUCCUAACAUCAUGACCACAAGAUUCAGUUUAGCUGCAUUUAAAAGAAACAAGAGGAAACUAGAGCUGGCAGAAAGGGUGGAAACAGAUUUCAUUCAACUAAAGAAAAGAAGACAAUCAAGUGAAAAGGAGAAUGACUCUGGCACUUUGGACACGGUGGGCGCUGUGGUCGUGGACCAUGAAGGAAACGUGGCUGCUGCCGUCUCCAGUGGAGGCUUGGCCUUGAAACAUCCAGGGAGAGUUGGGCAGGCUGCUCUUUAUGGAUGUGGCUGCUGGGCUGAAAACACUGGAGCUCAUAACCCCUACUCCACAGCUGUGAGUACCUCAGGAUGUGGGGAGCAUCUCGUGCGCACCAUACUGGCUAGAGAAUGUUCACACGCUUUACAAGCUGAAGAUGCCCACCAAGCUCUGUUGGAGACUAUGCAAAACAAAUUUAUCACAGCUAGAAGAGUGCCUAGCAAAGAGAACAUUUGUGGAAUGAAUGAACGAACGAGAAGGUGAAAAUGUUAGAGGGUGUCUGCCUUCAGGCUGGGUGGAAAGAGUAUCCUGUGAGGAGAUAGGAAAGAAGGAGAAAAGAGGCGACCAAGGAGGACAUUCAUCUGGAAGCCAAAGACAGAAGGACUUUUCUGAGAUAACUAAGGUGUUUCCGUGUGUUUUGUGAUAUAAAGGAAUGUCAAGAAAAAGCUGUUAGGUCUAGGCAUUAGGAGGAUGUGAAUCAACUCUCAAGUGCGUGCAGUGGCAGGGUAAGAAAAGAACUUCACUCAGCAGCUGGGAGAGAAAGAGGACCAGAGAUGACGGGCUUUCAGCCAUGGUCCUUGGCGACAAGCUUGAUGGAUUAGAGUUCCAGAGAUGACUGGCAUAUAGUACUUUGCAUUUAAGCUGUGCACAAAUAGCACACAAACUUAUGGAAGAAUAAUACUUUGCCUUUCGUCUUUUUUCUUCUUUAACUGGAGUAUAUCUCAUGGAGGGUCACCAAGUUGCAAAAUGAAUCAUAUUUUUCUUCCCAUGUGACAUAAAAUACCUAUAUAGAAUCCCAGAAUAUUUUUAAGUGUAUGGAAAUUUUACAAAUCAGAAUAAAUUUAAGUGAGCAGGUAGAAUGGGGACAAAAGGGAAAAAGAAGCAAUAGCAAAUGACUACAAGGUUGACAAUCAUUUAAAAAAUGUAUGUGGUCUUCUAAGGGCGUUCAGGAAUGUUCUUUAGGAAGCUAAUGGCAGAAUUGAAUGCUUUUUGCUUGUCUCUUUCUGGGGAGUUGUUGUGGUGAGCUCUGAAAUACCUCUCAGAGUGACAUCCUUUAUUUAUUUAUUUAUUUAUUUUUUAGUAGAGGCUUAAGAAAUAGUCAUAUCUCCCAUUUAAAGCAAGAUGCAGAAAGCUUCUGCUGUAAGGCUAGGAGGCUGGAGAAUAGGAAGAGUGAUUGGUUAGAUUAUACGCAGUGGAAUUGUUGAAAGUAGUAAGAAUCUGAGACAUUAUUUCCUUUCUUUGGCUAGAGUGAAUGGUUAAAACUCCCAUGUAUUGACCCGAGUAAUCAUCAUUUGAAAAUAAAUAGUCCAUCUGCUUAUUAAGUUGAAUAACACCCAUACUUGUUUUUUUCAGUGCAUGUUGUGUGUCAGAAACAGGAUCAUCACAAUUUCCGAGAAACCCAGAGCUUGCUUUCUGUGCUGGGGCUGCUGCCCUGUUCCUAAAGGAGAGUCUUGAGAUAAAGCUGGCUUGUCCUGUCCUGGGAGCUUAAUCGCUUUUCUCUUCUUCCUCUGCUCUUACAAAUAAGAAAGAAAGGAAAACCUGUGAUUGUAUUAAAUUACUAACAGAGUUGAUCAGCAGCAGGUUAACAAAAUAGACUUACCAGAAUAAGUGGAAGUGGGUAGCCGGCAAUGGAAGUGUGACUUUAUAGGGCUUUGUGCACUCACAGCCCAAGCUGGUUUUCUCCCUGUGGCCUAGGUUUCCUGUUUACACAAGAGCUCUAGCCUUCUCUUAGAGCCUGGAAAUCCCAUAUAUUUUGGACACUUGGAGCUUUUUAAAUAGCAGAGGAUGAUUGUGUCAGUGAUAGCAAAUGUGUUCUUAUUCAAGCCUUUUGGGAAACAAAGAAAAGACCGUUUAAAUUAGCUACCAAAUUUUGGUAACUGGAAAUAAUUUGGUAAUAUUAUUUGAUUGGAAAGCAAAUAAUAAGCACAGUACUAAAAACAAAACAAAACAAAACAACUCUGUAAACAGUGUCAUGUUACUUUAAAAAAAACACCAUAGUUUUGUUGCUGAUCUAUCUGAUUUCAAAGGUGGCCAGAUUUAGGGACUGUGGACUCAAAUAUCAUGGUUGGUGCCAUCACAGAUUUGGGAGCUGCUGAGCUACUCACAAUAGGUACUUUAUUUUGAAUUUUAUGUUAAAAGAUGUUUAUGAAGUAUUAGGAUUUAAUUAAAACCACUCAAAGAAUUUGUUUCAUCCCAUGCUGAAAAAAAAAAGAAAGGAAAAAAAAAAUCUUUGUUUCCAAAUUAGAAUUUUUUUUUUCCUCCAAAGGGUACUGAUUAGGUGAUCAAAAAGGGUUUUUGUCUGUUCCUUUCGUUGUGAGCAUGUGGAGAAAAACCACUAAUAUUAGUUACAGUAAACUCAGAGCACAUAAUUAUAAAGUUGCAAGAAGGAAAGGAAAAUUAAAUCAUAUAAAGCUGAAGGCUGAGUUGUACAUAUACUGACUGAUUAGUUUGAAUAGGGCUUAAGUUACAUUUGGUGGAUGUGGGUAAAUAAAGAAAUCCAUAAUUAUUAUAAUGUUCAUAAUAGAUUUUAGAAUUGUUUUUAUGGUUGUGAAGUUGCUUCCCCUCAUUGUAACCUAGUUUUUAAAAAGCCAUCAGAUAUUUGAGAGUAACCAUGACUUCUGAGUCUGUGAAAACCACAUAUUUGUGAGGGAAGACUAGAGUACAUGUAAACGAUAUUAUUCUGAACCUCUGUGAAUGUGGCAAAACCCAGUCCAUUCAUUAGCAUUAAUCGUGGGCGGCUCAUGCUGAGGCUCCAGAACACUAAUGAUUUUCUGGUAUUUACCUCAUUUCUGGGUUGAUUUUCAGUUUCAGAUUGGGUAAGCUCAGAGUAUCUUCUCUGUUUAAGUAGCAGAUUUUUAUUUAAAAUACUUAAAUCAAGUGGCAGGCUUCAUUAUUUGAAUUUGUGACUAGGAAUUCUGUAAUUAUAUUUUGGGGGUAAAUUUGGAAUGUGUUUGCUGUUAGUCUGUGUGUGCAUUUUAGAGGGUUUUUUUUUUAAGGUCAGAAACAAUCCUGCCUGUCUUCUGUCACUUCUCUCUCUCUCUCUCUCUCUUUUUUUUUUCCUGUGAAAUAUAAUGUUCUGAAGAGCUUCUUGUUGUAUUCUAUAACUAUUUAGAUACAAAGAUGCAAAACAAGUGGCUAUUUUGUAAAUAUAGAAACCUGUAUUUAAAGAAUCCGAACCAAAUACCAAAUGACUGACAACCAAUAAAGACAAUAUAGGCUGAAAUUAACUUCUUUUGGUUAAUGAUUUUAAAGCAAUAGCUUUUUAAACAAAAACAUUUGGGAGUGAUUAGGCUCUGAUUUUUAAAAAUAUGCUUUUUAAGAUGAUUGGAGAAAUUUUUAAUGGACUAAAUGAUAAUACUUAUUCAUAAAUGUUAUUUAUAAAUAUUAAAACUUUAUAACAUUAGUGUUAGAAUUAUUGUCUUAGAUCAUUAUAAUAAUACUAUAAUAAUAUAUAUAAUAAUAAUUAUUAUUUUAUUUUUUUAUUGAAUUAUAGUUGAUUUACCAUGUUGUGUUAGUUUCUGGUGUGCAGCAAAGUGAUUCAGAUAUACAUAUGUAUAAAAAUGUAUAUAUGUGUUAUAUAUAUAUAUAUGUAUUCUUUUCCAUAUUCUUUUCCAUGUGGUUUGUUAUGGGAUAUUGAAUAUAGUUCCCUGUGCUACACAGUAAGACAUUGUUUAUUUUAUAUAUAGUAGAUUGUGCCUGCUAAUCUAAAACUCCUAAUUUAUCCCUCCCUUACCUCCUUUCCCCUUUGGUAACCAUAAGUUUGUUUUUUAUGUCUGUGAGUCUGUUUCUGUUUUAUAAAUAAGUUCAUUUGUGUCAUAUUUUAGAUUCCACAUAUAAGUGACAGCAUGUGGUAUGUCUUUCUCUUUUUGACUUACCUCACUUAGUAUGAUAAUCUCUGGAUCCAUCCAUGUUCUGCAAAUGGCAUUAUUUCAUUCUUUUUCAUGGCUGAGUAGUAUUCCAUUGUGUGUGUGUGUGUGUGUGUGUGUGUGUGUGUGUGUGUGUGUGUGUAUAUCACAUCUUCUUUAUCCAGUCAUCUGUUGAUGGACAUUUAGGUUGCUUCCAUAUCUUGGCUAUUGUAAAUAGUGCUGCGGUGAACAUUGAGGUGCAUGUAUCUUUUCGAAUUAUAAUUUUCUCCAGAUAUAUGCUCAGGAGUGGGAUUGCUGGAUCAUAUGGCAACUCUAUUUUUAGUUUCCUAAGGAACCUCCAUACUGUUUUCCAUAGUGGCUGCACCAGUUUACAUUCCCACCAACAGUGUAGGAAGGUUCCCUUUUCUCCAUACCCUCUCCAGCAUUUGUUAUUUGUAGACUUUCUAAUGAUGGCCAUUCUGACUGCUGUAAGAUGGUGCUUUAUCAUAGUUUUGAUUUGCAUUUCUCUAAUAAUCAGUGAUGCUGAACAUCUUUUCAUGUGCCUAUUUGCCAACUGUAUGUCUCUUUUGGAGAAAUGUCUAUUAGGUCUUCUGCCUAUUUGUGAUUGGGUUGUUUGUUUUUUUUUUGUUAUUGAGUUGUAUGAGCUGUUUGUACAUUUUGGAAAUUAAGCCCUUGUUGGUUGCAUUGUUUGCAAAUAUUGGGUUGGCCAAAGGUUUGAUCAGGUUUUUCAUAAGAUGUUACGGAAAAACCCGAACUUUUUGGCCAACCCAAUAUUUUCACCUAGUCCAUAGGUUGUCUUUUUGUUUUGUUUAUGGUUUCCUUUGCUGUGCAAAGGCUUAUAAGUUUGAUUAGGUCCCAUUUGUUUAUUUUUGCUUUUAUUUCUAUUGCCUUGGGAGACUGACCUAAGAAAACAUUGGUAUGAUUUAUGUUGGAGGAUGUUUUGCCUAUGUUCUCUUUUAGGAUUUUUAUGGUUUCAUGUCUUAUAUUUAAGUCUUUAAGUCAUUUAGAGUUUAUUUUUGUGUAUGGUGUGAGGGUGUGUCCUAACAUCACUAAUUUACAUGGUGCUGUCCCGCUUUCCCAACACCCCUUGCUGAAGAGACCGUCUUUUCUCCAUUGUAUAUUCUUCCUUCCUUCGUCGUAGAUUAAUUGACCAUAGGUGUGUGGGUUUAUUUUGGGCUCUCUAUUCUGUUCCAUUGAUCCAUAUAUCUGUUUUUGUGCCAGUACCACACUGUUUUAAUUACUGUAGCUUUGUAAUAUUGUCUGAAGUCUGGGAGGGUUAUGCCUCCAGCUUUGUUCUUUUUCCUCAGGAUUACUUUGGCAAUUCUGGGUCUUUUAUGGUUCCAUAUAAAUUUUAGGAUUAUUCUAGUUCUGUGAAAAAAGACUUGAUUAUAUUAUUGUGAUUAGGUAAGAGAUGUCCUUAGGAGAUGUCUUCUGCACUAUUUAAGAUGAAGGGCUGUAAUAUUUGACAAAUGGCUCAGAAAAAAGUAUUUGUGAAUGUGAUACUUUUUGCACUGAAGGCUUGUGGUGACUCUGUGGGGUAAUUGACUUUCUUUGUAGGAAAGCUUGUAAAAGUAGCAGAUCUUUGAGAAUUAAGUUAUAACUAUUUACUGUUUAACAAAGCUGAGGGAACAGAACUGGUUUGUAGUUCUGGCAAAAUUAAUUAAAAUUAUAAUGCAGUUCAUUAAAGAAAUGAAAACAUUUUAUGCUGUCUACAAGAGACCCACUUCAGACCUAGGGACACAUACAGACGGAAAGUGAGGGGAUGGAAAAAGAUAUUCCAUGCAAAUGAAAAUCAAAAGAAAGCUGGAGUAGCAAUAGUCACAUCAGAUAAAAUAGACUUUAAAAUAAAAAAUGUUACAAGAGACAAGAAAGGACAUUACAUAAAGAUCAAGGGAUCCAUCCAAGAAGAGGAGAUAACAAUUAUAAAUAUAUACGCACCCAAUAUAGGAGCACCUCAAUACACAAGGCAAAUGCUAACAACUAUGAAAGAGGAAAUGCAAGGCAGAAAUAGAGACACAGAUGUAGAUAACAAACACAUGGACACCAAGUGGGAAAAGCGGGGAGGGUUGGGGGGAAUGAAUUGGGAGAUUGGGAUACCAAAUUGUACACUCUAAAUGUAUGCUGUUUUUUGUCUGUUAACUGUAUCUCAAUAAAAGUUCUUAAAAAAAAUGAAAACAUUUAAGAGAAAUAUACAGAAAAUAAAUGUGUUUAACUUUUGGAUGUGCA